AUGUCUGAACAUUGGACUACUAAAUAAAUUGACAAAUACAUUAUUGUCAAUAAGAAAUUAGGAAGUGGAGCCUUUGGAACCGUCUUUAGAGGUUUUAAGAAAAAUGAUGAAACCAAACAAGUUGCAGUGAAAGCAAUCUCAAUAGCAAGUAUCAAGGAUUCGGCCAAGAUGGUGGAACAUAUCAAAAGAGAAAUUUCAAUUUUAUAAUCAGCUAAUAAUCCUCACAUUGUAAAAUUAUAUGAUGUUGCUCGAACACCCCAUUAUUUGUACUUAUUCUUGGAAUAUUGUCACGAUGGAGAUUUGAAAAAGUAUUUGUCAACUAAAUAUGGCAGAAGACUCAGUGAAGUUGAAGCAGUAAUUUUCUUGAAGCAUCUUGUUGAAGGAUUUCGAACACUUUACCAACUUAAAAUAAUACAUAGAGACAUCAAGCCAGCCAACAUAUUAUUGCAUAAAGGAGUAGCUAAAAUUACAGAUUUUGGUUUUGCUAGAGUUAUUGAUACUGGAAUGAAUGAUCCUGCUUACUUUUCAAGAGUUGGAUCUCCUCUAUACAUGGCUCCACAAAUUCUGGAAGGUUAGCCCUUCUCUUCGAAAUGCGAUGUUUGGUCCAUGGGGAUUAUGUUGUUCGAGAUGCUUUAUGGCAAACCGCCAUGGGAUGGAGAUAAUCAAUAUAAUCUACUGCAAAAUAUAAAGAAAACGGCCUUAACAAUCCCAGAUGCUCCUGUUAGAAGCGAUAAGAUAAAGCAAUUGCUAAAACAUAUGUUGGUUGUGUCAGAAAAAGAUAGGUUCUCAUGGGAACAAAUCUUUCAUCAUGAAAUUAUUCAGAUCUAAGAAGCAUAAAUAAAAAAUAAUUUAGAAUAUUUGAUGAAAGAAAAGGAUGAAUUAUCUCGAUCAGAGAGUUUGAACAAAUUAUAUAUGGAAAUGAAUUUAGUUGUCGGAUAUCUUGAUUAACCUGAAUAGAUCAUUCAAGAACCUUCUUCUCCUUAAUCUCUUUAGACUGAUGAUGGAAAGUAGUCACUUGACGAUAUUAAUAAUGAAAAAGGAUUACAAAUUAUCAAUCAAUACGAUGCUGAGCAAAAAAGACGCAAGGCCAUGCUAAAAUAUAAUACAUACUUUUUAUUUGAAAGAAAUAUUGCAUUCUUUUUUAACUAUGUCAUCCAAAAGGUAAUUAAGAUGUCACAUCAAGGAAUUUUGAAAUUGAGUUAGGAACUCUAUUAUACGACUAUAUUUUGUAUCUCCAAAAACUAAAAUGUGCAUCUCAAAAGAAUGUCUGAUUAAUUGAUGUCAAAGAACCCAGAAAAAUUUGAUAGAGAGACUUGGGGAAGAUAUUUAAUCAGCCAGGAAUAUAAGAAGAUAUUGACGGUCACCAAAAAUGAUAUUAAGCAUACAGAAGAUUUUUAUUUAGAAAUUUAUAAGAAAGAAAAAUAAAUAAUAGAAAAGGAAUUAGCAUAACCUGAUAAUAAAAGAGCUACGAAAAUUAAGUUAGUCUUAGAUGUUAAUUUUGAUUAAAAUACCUUCUUUUAAUAAUUGUAUUAAUAAGUAGUGCAAGAAAGUUUAGAAACCAUUAAAACUGUCAUCAAACAAACAAAAGACACUGAUUCUGCUUACAAAGAUUUACUAUAAUUAGGGUGGUUUUUAGUUAUCUGCUUAAAUCCAUAUUUAGAAUUUAAAGACAUAAACAUGGAUUUUAAUUAAUUUUAUGAAGAGAUGUAGACAUUAACAGAAGUCUAACUUCAAGAAAAAAUAGGGAAACGUUUAGAUUUAUGA